GUCCGGAGACGAACGAUUACUAGCUUGCUUGUUGCUGCAAAAAUGAAGUCCAUUUUGGUCGUCCUGGGGCAUAUUAUGCUCAUCGUAAGUUUGCAUGCAGCAACCAAUGAAGCUCAAGAAUUCAUCAAACCGUAUCCACGAGGCUACAAUGCUAGCGGGCACGGAGAAUAUGACUAUGAUGAAGACAGCGGGAGGGGACCUAGCGAGUGGGGGAAUCUGAAACCAGAGUGGGCGUUAUGCAAGAAGGGUAAAAUGCAAUCUCCGGUUGAUCUGACGAACGUCACGGUUAAAUUAGUUUCAGAUUCGGAUGUAGUGUAUGCAGAAUACCAGCCUUCUUUUACCACUCUUCUAAAUAGAGGGCAUGAUGUAGCACUUGAAUGGAAGGGUGAUGCAGGAUCAAUUGAGAUCAAUGGCGUGGAAUAUCGACUCCAACAAGUUCACUGGCAUGCACCCUCCGAGCACACCAUUCGGGGCAAGAGAUAUGAGUUGGAGCGACAUGCGGUCCAUGUUAACAGCGACACCAACGAGAUAGCUGUGAUCAGUGUGCUUUACAAAAUCGGCCGAAAUGAUCCAUUUUUAUUCAAGUUGAGGAGAUACUUGAAGACUAUGGUGGAGACAAAUGUAAAUGAAACAUUCCCGGGGAUCAUAAAUCCCAGUGAUACUACGUGCCAUGAUGACGAGAGUUUUUAUAGAUACACGGGUUCGCUCACUACUCCGCCUUGUAGUGAAGGCGUCAUCUGGACUGUCCAGAGGAAGAUAAGGACUGUUUCAAGAAGACAAGUUGACCUCCUUCUUAAUGUUGUUCAUGGUAAUGAAAAUGCGAGACCAUUGCAAGCAGUAAAUAAGCGGGAGAUGUUCCUAUAUGUUUCGUGCAAAGGGACGGGCUGGGAUCUCAUCCUCAAUCCGCUGCAGUAUAUACAGCGCAAGCUAUUUUACUCAUCCGGUUAAUGGAUUUUGCUCUGUGUGUUUGUGUUAAUGUGUGUGAUGUGAGUUAAACAUUUUGUGAAGAUUGGAGUGUUUGAUUAAGAGACUGAGUUUAAGUAUUUUUAUUAACUUUGUAUUAUUAGCACUUUGUGUUGUGCUUGUGUGAGCUAUGGAAUGUGUGAAUUUCUUGGAAUA